UAUGAAAACUUCUCAUACUUGUUACUAAAAGAGCAGCAUUUCCUGGCUCCAUGUGGUCACCGGAGCUGAAGUUUUGGCCACCAGGCUCUUGUGGGGAGCUUCCAUAAUCUACUCCAGGACACAUGGCAGCAGUGUGGGAAGAGUUUCCGUCAGUGGACUCUACAAUAACUAGGAGCUUUGGGCAGCUCUUCCUUCAUUUCCAUCACACAGAAAUCAGCCGUGGCCUUUUGUAGAAUUCUUCUGCAUCUUGUUCGCUGCCUACUCAUCAGCUGGCAAAUAUAUUCUUCAACUUCAGAACUCUUCAAAGGAGUAUGUCUACAUGAAGAUGGCGUCGUGGAAGGGACUCUAUGUCAAUGUGGAGGCACAUGAACAUGGGCUAGAGGAGCCAAGGAACCAUGAGCCAAAAAGCCAGCCAGGUAUCAAGGAGCAACCUGAGGAAGACAGUUUGUAUGAGGCUGUUGACCCUGCAACCAGAUUAGAAGUGAAGCAAAGAGAACCGGUGUCUGCCACAUCAUCUCCAGCCAGGACACCAACGUGUUCACGCAAGGUGAUUUUACUCACUGGUGCUGCUCUACUGGCCGUAUCCAUGUUCCUGAAUGUGUUGCUGCUCACAAUGGGAACUGUGCAUUAUUCUAAAAUGGGUAAUACUUUGGAGCAAGUCCAGAAAGAGAACAAGCGGCUUCAGGAGACAGCUUGCACCCCCUUGGGCAGGGACUGGAACGCCUUUCAGGAGAGCUACUAUUUCUUCUCACGCACUCCAGGGACCUGGGACGUAGCCAAUCAGUCAUGCUCUUCCAUGGGAUCCCAUCUGGUGACCAUCAAGAAUGCAGAGGAGAAGGAUUAUGUUGCAAACAUCAUGAAAUUUACUUCCUACUGGAUUGGACUCACCGAUCAAGAACUCGAAGGUGACUGGAAAUGGGUUGAUGGAACAAAAGCAGAACGUGGAAAGAGCUAUUGGCAUUCUACGGAGCCCGGCGGUGGAAAAAGUGAGAAUUGUGCCAUGGUGAGCCGUUCUCUGUGGUAUGAUUACCCCUGCAAAGAGAAAUAUCACUGGAUCUGCAAGAGGAGGCUUCGUCCAAUGGUGUGAAGUGUUGUUGUCCUCCACUGAUCAUUCAGGCACCUGAGAAGCACAACAUCUGUAGAAGUAGAGCUCAUGGAGGUUCCAGCUGACCUGUAUGACUGCUCGGUGUGUAACUUCUCCUGAUCAUAUGCUAAGAAAACUGAGUGUGUUGCCAAAGAAGCCCUACAGUGAUCAGGAAAUCAAAGAUUCACUCAUUUCAUAGAAAGACAUGUAAUAUGCACACAGGGGCGGCUCAAGCCAUUACACAAAGUAAGCCUUUGCAGUAUAGUUGAUUUUGCCCAGGGGCGCUUUUGAGGCGCUCUUGAGGGAAAAUAGACCUUGACAUAUGCGAGAUGUAGUUACGGGGAUGUAUAGUUCACCUACAAUCAAAGAGCACUCUGAACUCCACCAAUGAUUGAA